AUGCUUCGCUACGUCCUACUCGCCGUAUUUGUCGGCGUCCUCCACGCCGAUGUGUGCAAGCAACCACAGGGCCGCAUUUGCGAGGUGGACGUCUACAACUGCUGCGACAACAACUUUGGCAUGGCGCUGAACUUGACCAAGUGCAAUGGUAAUCUCUGGGAUCGUGUCAACUGCUAUCGUGCCGAGAUUGAGAACAUGUUCGGUACCUCUGUGGACGGAGGCCUUACCGUUUGCAGCGCAUGGUCCGACUGGAUGAAAUGCCUCGGCCGCACCCUUCAGGAUUGCGAAAGUGUCAAGUUCCACGUCAUGCAGGGCGCCAACUCCGGUCAGGCUAUCAACAUUUUCACCGUGUACUCGCAGAUCUCUUUCCUUUGCGGCCCCGGGCUUGACACAUACGUUAACAACGACGGGACGAUCCGAAACGUUUUUAUCAACUAUGCCACCCAGCUGCAACGUUGCCGGGACACCUUCUCGAACAACGUCAACACAAACUGGGAAAACCGUUGCGCCGACUUCCGAGAGUUGAUCGGCUGCUACCAAUUGCCCUUCCAAACCGGGGCCGGCAUCGAGGGCGGCUGGUGGGGCUGUGAAUACGAGCGUUCGGGGGGUGACCGCCUGGUUGCCCAGUGCUCCGAACAGUGUACCGCCACCAACAACAACAUCCGAGCGGCUGAAGAGUUGCCGCAA